AUGGCGCUGCGUGCAGUGCGCAGCAGACAACAGGCAGCAGCGUCAGUGGGGCCCUAUGUACGGCCUGCUGCUGUGACGGUUCCCUCUGCAGCAGGAGCAGCAAAGGGGCUUCGCCCUUUAACUUCUCAAGCUAGCAGCAACUCCACAGACACUGCAACAUUCCCUUUACAAAAGAAAUACGGCCAACAUCUUCUUAAAAACCCUGGUAUACUCGAUAAGCUCCUCGUUGCUGCGAACAUCAACAGUUCAGAUGUUGUGCUAGAAAUAGGACCCGGUACGGGUAAUUUGACGGUGCGUUUAUGCGGAUUGGCUCGAGCGGUGCAUGCGAUGGACAUAGACGGGCGGAUGAUCGCUGAAGUAGAGCGUCGAUGUCGCAGUUUAGGUUUGAUGAAUUUGAAGACGAUUCACGCAGACGUCCUAAGACAAGACUUAGGCAAAUUCGAUGUCUGCGCGGCGAACCUUCCCUAUCAAAUUUCAAGCCCUUUUCUCUUCAAACUCAUCGCCCAUAAACAUCCAUUCAG